AUGCAACUCAAUUUCGGCCAGUCCAUGCGCAAGACUUGCAAAGAGUGCCGCAUGGAGUAUGUACCUUCAGCUCCAGAAGACGAUGCUCUUCACAAGAAGUUUCACGCUCAACACGUCAAUGGUGUUGCCAUGGAUCGAGACUUCCUUACCAAAGUCAAGUCUGAGAAGGCUGUAUGGCAUGGACCGCAAGGAGACUUUGUCAUAUCCCUCAGUGGCUCUCAGGAUCCAAAACAUUGGCUGAAGAAAGCUCGCGCUGUAUUCGACAUGGCGACAGCAGAUUUGGGCGCUGUGGACAUUCCCGAUGAAAAGUUAUGGGGGCCACAGUUCGCUGCAUCAAGUGCUCGGAACAAAGCGCCUGACGCAAACGAAGAGAAGAAGGACAGAUACAAGCUGUAUCUCUACAUGGACAAUGGCAGAUGCGUAGGACUCUGUCUUGCGGAAGGGAUUGAGAAGGCGUUCAAGGUGGUCGAGCGAGAGAAGAAGGUGGAGAUGACGAAACAAGGGGAGCAACAGGAAACAGAGGGAGAGAAGAAGGCACCCAAUUCAGCAGAGAUGCAGUCAAGUGAGCUGCUCUCGAUCAGUCAAGAGACAGACGGAGCAGCAAUUGGCAUAUCUCGAAUUUGGACGUCUCGAGGGUCGAGGAAGAAGGGUAUCGCCAGGGCACUGUUGAAGUGUGCUGCAAAGACGUUCCUAUCCAAGGUUACACCCAAAGAGAUGGUUGCCUUUAGUCAACCUACCGAGAUGGGCACAGCCCUGGCGAGGCGAUGGUUUGGUCAAGAGUACGGAUGGCAUGUAUACAUUGAUUGGUGUUGA